UGUGUGUAAGCUGCCCUGAGACUGCCUCAGCAGAGAGGGCGGGAUACAAAUCAAAUGAGUCAACACCUCUUCUCCCCUUUAGAGUGAAAUGAUCUGGGAUGUCUGGUUUUGAACAGCAACAUUGGGCUGAGGCCGAAGGGUUACACUCCCCCUCUCUUCCUUACACACCCCUGAGGCAAACUGAAGCUGAAGAAGCCUGCCCUUUGCUCUUUAUGGAUGAAACGAGACCCACAAUCUUUGUUGUCUAUGUUGUCUGUGUAGGCUGUAGACAUUUUUAGACAGAGUUGGCAACCCUAUUUACAGCCCCUGAUAUGGAGAGGAAGCAGGCCAGAUCUUGCUAUUGGGAGACUGGAUUUUUAAAAAAUAUUUUGGCUCAGAGGAGAUCUGCUGAGGAGAGGAGAUGUGGCACACGGCUCUUCCCAACGGCUCUCCUUUCCCCACUCCCCUCCCUUCCCUCCUGCCCGCCAGCACCUCUUCUGACUGGUCUCCAAUCGACCCACAAGGACUGCCGGAGAGUCUCCGGACCGCCCAGUGAACACACAGGCAGCCUGGGCCCCUUUCUCAGGUUGCAGAGGACAGAGAGCGAGCGGCUGGCUGCUGCCCUCACCAUGGCUGACGAGGACACGCUGCCCUCCGCAGACCCCGAAUGCUCCGGCCCAGGCCUCCCAGAGACCCCUACUGUGAAAGAGCUGGAAGAGCUCUUGAACACUGGGAGACCCUCCUGGAACCACGUUGAUGAAGUGUGGCCGAACCUCUUCUUAGGAGACCACAUUGCACUGCACAGCCGAUUUGGUUUGUGGAAGAUGGGCAUCAGCCACGUUUUAAAUGCUGCUCACGGCACACUAUUUUGCCACGAACCCCACGAUUUUUAUGGCACCACCAUUGAAUACUACGGAGUACCAGCCCACGACCUUCCAGAUUUUGACAUGAGCCCGUAUUUUUAUCCUGCAGCAGACUUUAUACACAAAGCCCUGAGUAUCCCAGGAGCCAAGGUCCUCGUGCACUGCGCAGUCGGGAUCAGCCGGUCCUCGUCCUUGGUGCUGGCCUACCUCAUGAUCUACCACCAUCUCCCUUUGACUGAAGCGACCGAGGCGGUGAAAAAGCAUCGGUGGAUUUUCCCCAACCGAGGCUUCCAGGAACAACUGAGAAUUUUGGACAUCCAGCUCAGACAGCGCUAAAGAAAGUCCCCACUUCUCCUCCACAGGAAGCCGGCUGGGUGGCCUGCAGGCAGUCCCAGCUCUCUCUGAACUCUCUCAGCCCCACCUGCCUCACAAAAGGCCUGUUGUAGGGAGAGGAAGGGAAAGGUGACUGAAAGCCUCUUUAGGACUCCUUAACGUAGAGAAAAGAGAUUGAAGAGAAGAAGAGAUUGGAUUUAUACCC